CGCAUUUUUCAGAUUCAAGAAGGGCAGGGCGCAGGGCGGCUGGCCCCCGCGAGAAGAGAGCGACUCAAGUCAGCUACUUCCCCCAGCUGAACCGAUCGGCGAUCAAUCGAUGCCUUCAGAUGAGAUUUAACACUUCCUUGUGUAUUUAGCUGGUUUUGACGCUCAUUCUCCGUCGGUCGUCCAAAAAUUAACAGCCCGAGAAAAUGUCAGAUCCUGUGGUGGCCGACACUCGCCGGUUGAAUUCCAAGCCCCAGGACCUGUCGGAUGCUUACGGCCCCCCCAGCAAUUUUCUGGAAAUAGAUGUUUAUGAUCCACAAAUAAUCGGAGUCGGACGGGGCCGUUACACAACUUACGAAGUUCGCAUGAGGACAAACCUUCCCAUUUUCAAAUUGAAGGAUUCCUGUGUGAGGAGAAGAUACAGUGACUUUGAGUGGUUAAAGAAUGAGCUGGAAAGAGACAGUAAGAUUGUAGUACCACCUCUGCCGGGCAAAGCCCUGAAGAGACAGUUGCCAUUCCGUGGGGAUGAGGGCCUUUUUGAGGAGUCAUUCAUUGAGGAGCGGCGAUCGGGCUUGGAGCAGUUCAUCAACAGAAUUGCAGGUCACCCUUUGGCCCAGAACGAACGCUGUCUUCACAUGUUUCUGCAAGAGGAAAGCAUUGACCGUAACUACAUUCCUGGAAAAGUAUGAAUGAAGUAAGUUUGCUUUACUUUAUCCUGUCUCUAAGAGCUUUCUGGAAGUUAAAGGUGGUUGCAUGGGCACUGGAAAAGACCAGAGGCGAUAGUUCACAAAUACUUGAGUAAACCAACGCUAAUGCCAUAUGUAAAUUAUCACACAGAUCUGUCUCUUUACCCUGUAAAUAUGCCACACAUAGUCUCUGGUUGUUCCAUCAAAGCAUCCAGUUAUUUCCCAAAAAUGUUGGAGUGAUCAUGGUGUGUUGCAAAGGGAAGAACAUUCUGCAAGCCAGUUUUACACAUUUUCUAACAUGUUGAUAAAAAAUGUGUACUAAUAAGCUGCUAAUUGGUAAUGAAUGCACUAAAGUUAAUCAGCUGUUCCUCAUAAAGUGGCUUGCAGACGUUUCUCAGUCCACCAGUGGGAAGACAAACCACCACUAGUGUGUUGAGUUAUGUGAACUAUUGUUUAAUAGUGAAUAAGUACUGUACAUGACCCAUACAUAGAGCUCCUUUGAAGCAUUUCUCUCCAAACUAAUACUGACACAUUGCCAUUAUCAAUUGCACUAAUCAGUGGCUGCAUGGCACACUUGCACGCUUUCUUUGCAAUAU